AUGCCCGCUCCAAAUCUGUCCCUCAAGUCCUUCAAGAAGAACCUUGACACAGCUCAGGCUGCAUUAGGCCAUCAAAUUGUUGAGACUGGCCUUAGUCAUCAGGCUGAACACACAUCUAUAACCGGCUCUAUCAUCACACAUGAAGUUCUGCCUCUUCCUGCACCCCCACCACCUCUGCGCUACGCAGACCCACUACCACAAGAGACGGAGAAAAUACCACCCCCAAAGAAGAAGGCAUCCGAGCAACUCCAAGAUUUUGUCGACGCCCUGCCCAAGCUACUCAAUGUUCUAAUGGACGACAACUCAAGCCCCUUGCUCAAUAUGCCGUGUCAGUGUGGAGCCAUUGGAGCUCAUUCGCAGACACCUACUCACUGGGCUGACGUUUGGAAUGCCACUGGCCAAUACUUUGUCCGUCAUGAUAUUUCCACACUACGAGAAAAAGGUUAUGCUAUCCACCUCGGCCACAACGGAAAUGUCUGUCCACACCCCGCCUCCGACAUCUUCUUCCACCUUAUAGAUGUUAACGGUGUUCAUCACACCAAGAUUCAAUUCUGUGGCUGCCCUGGUGCACUUGAGAGACCCUUUCAGCUCCUGAAACAUUGCCUUUUCCCUGCGACUUUGCGUCAGCCAAAGACAGCGUUCACCUUCCGGACUCUGAAGACAUUCCACAUUCUCCACCUUGAAUCGAAGGUUGCCACAUAUGACUUUAUCGGGUCUCUUCGGCGACUCACAGAUAAUAUGUUUGCUCAUAAGAUCCCGGUCCACAGCAUUGAUGUGCUCCUUCCAAAUUGCCCUGCAGGCAACCUGUUGGUCUAUUGCCCAGCGUGUCCAGAGCCAGAAGUCAACAUGGAGCCAAACUGGCAGAAAACCCUGAUUGAAUACCGUCAUCUAAACCAGACCCAACACACCCUUGACGGUAACCACCACACCAACAAGUUCAUCAAGAACACUGAUCUGGACAAUGUUUCGCUGUUCGGUGGUAGGGCCUGCUUCCCUGAUGAUGCCAUCUUUCAGGCUUAUCUAAAAAGCCAACCCGCCGAUCUCCCAGAGAAAACCACAUGUUCAUAUCUCAACGCUGUCAACAAACAAAAUCGUAAGAAGUUUAACAACAUGGACAUUACUGGCAUCGUAAACGCCCAAUGUGGCCAUGUGUUCGUGAAGUCUAGCGUUGAUUUACAACUUGGGGAAAGGUUUGCCAACACUGACUAUGCACUUGCGAUGGCCAUCCAUCAAUAUACCACCCAAAGUCAUGAUGCUGGCCAGUUCAAAUGCUCUUUUAUCACUAGCUGUGAUCACCUGGUUUCCUAUGACAUCUCCUGCGCCUACUGGGUCAAUGUGGUUGACCGCUUCAAGCGAAAUUUCCCUGACCUUGUCAACGCUGUCCACCGUAUUCGUUUUCUUAUUCCCUUGGUGCACGUCCAGAACCACAAGGACAACUGUAUGUACCAGUUUUUGAGUGCAUACACUGACGGUGUGGGUCACUUUCAUGGAGAGACUGCUGAGCAUGUCUGGCCUGAGUUGAAUCAACUUGGUGCACAGACACACCAGAUGAAUAACGGAAAUCGGCAGGAGACGCUCAGUGACCAUCAUAACGACUGGAAUUGGAAGAAGACCGCAAACCUUGCUGCUACUCUCCGCCUGGAUCUUGACCGCACACGGCUGCUUCUUAUGGAAAAACGAAAAGUGUUCCAGAGCCUCUGCGAUCUUUAUGCUGACAAAUGGCUUGAGUGGGAUAAACUUGACAGACAGCUUCGCACAGUUGGCACCAACAAAGAAAUCCAAUGUGUCUAUCAACAUAAUCAGAAGAAAGUUCCUUCCCAAUCACGCAUUUAUGAAAUGCUCAAGGCUGAGCUCAGUGCUAGCGAUCAGCAGGCAUACAACAAUACCACUUCUGGACUUCCAGGCCUUUUGAACGAGGCACUCGAGAUCUUGAAAGAACAACGCGUCAUCCAGGCUUGUGUCGAAUCCUCCAAGCAAGAGCUGACCUCUCAGAAGAUGUCAGAAAUCCAAGGACGCAGGGGCCGGCUAUGA